UCUAGCACCUGAAUGGUAACUCCAGCAUCUGCGUGGUAACUCCUGUACCUGAGUGGGAACUCCAGUACCUGAGUGGUAACUUCAGCAUCUGAGUGGUAACACCAGCACCUGAGUAGUUUCUCCCUGAAGAUCGUUAGGUGCCAAUCAGAGAACCUCUCCAGUCGUCAGGGUGUUGUGAUGCUCCUCCGACGAAACUCUUGGAACCUGCUGCCGGCACUGCUGGGAGCCCUGGUUCUCUCCCUCACCACCAGCAGAGUGGGCAGCGAGAGAGAGAAACAUCGUGGGAGCCAGACGUACCCUAUCAUCAAGACGAACCUGCCCCACUUCUCUUACAGGUCAGGGGAGGUGCGUCAGAUCACACCCACCAGGAAUAUCUCAUCCUUGCUCGACAACUUGCUUAAAGGCUACGACCAGAAGUUACGACCGUCCUUUGGAGGUGAACCCACGACGGUGGAGAUUGAUAUAGAGGUGCGAAGCAUGGGUCAGAUAUCUGAGAUGGAUAUGACUUACUCCAUGGACUGUUACUUCCGGCAGUCGUGGGUGGAUGAGCGCCUGGCUCUCUCCCACCUGGAUGAGGCGUUCACUCUCUCCCUGGCUGUACUUGACAAGCUCUGGAUGCCUGACACCUUUAUUUACAACGGCAAGCAGAGCUAUGUCCACCUUAUUACCACACCCAACAAGUUCAUCCGACUCUAUCGUAAUGGAAGGAUACUUUACUCGUCCAGACUCACCAUCAACGCUAACUGUCCUAUGAACCUGAAUAACUUCCCCAUGGAUACUCAGCGCUGCCCUCUCAAACUCGGCUCCUCAGUCGCCUACACUACGAGAGACGUGAUGUACAGGUGGAACGAGGACCGUCGCAUCGUCAUAGCUCCCGAUCUCAUGCUCUCCCAGUUCGAUCUCAUCGCUACUCCAUCUGGCUUCGAGAACACUACCAGACGCGCAGGAGAGUUCUCCACCUUGCUGGCUAGCUUCUACCUACAGCGACAUAUGGGAAACUUCUUGAUCCAGGUGUACGGUCCGUGCAUGUUGCUGGUGGUGCUCUCCUGGGUGUCUUUCUGGCUCAACCGUGAGGCUACCUCGGACCGCAUCUCCCUAGGCAUCACCACCGUCCUGACGAUGACCUUCCUGGGACUGGAGGCUCGCAAGGACCUACCUAAGGUAUCCUACUCCACGGCCCUCGACCUCUUCGUCUGGCUCUCCUACGGAUUUAUCUUCGCCACCAUCAUCGAGUUCGCUUUCGUGCACAUCUUCACGAAGGUCGGGUCAGGCGAAGUGUACCUCACGGAGAGAGAAGACAAGGAAGAGGAGGAAGAAGAGGAAGCGAAGACCGUGGUAGCGUGCACGGUGUUGUCUCUGGGGUUGAGAGAAAGUAACCUGAUCAAAUCCGGACCGAACGGUGUGGGCAACCUGCCACGGGCUUCUCCUCUACCCUGGCGUCCAGCUCUGCCUCCAGGCAGCGCUGCAGGCAGCACCUCCAUACCUGGUCCACCGUGGAGCUCCCUCUCCAACCUGACGCAGCUCUGCAGGCGACGCAGCAGGCAACACCUCCGUCACUCCUGCUGCAGUCCCACUGACGCUGCUGUAGAGCAGCAACAGCAGCAGCAGGAGCAGCAGCAACAGCAGGAAGGAGGGACAAGCCGCCUCAAGGUAGAGCAAAUGAACUCCGUGUCCCACAUCGACGAGGUAUCCCGUGUGUUAUUCCCGGUAUCAUUCCUCUGCAUUAACUUGGUCUACUGGUACACUUAUCUAUCCUACACACGCUAAACACAGCACCAUCUCUGUAUACCUGUUCUUCUGCUAACAUUUUCUUUUAUCCUCUACAGUCUACACCCUACAACACACGUACACUCACAGUGCACUAGGCUAAUCGCGUUAUCUUCAGAACCAGGAAGAAUCAAGUCACAAUAUUUGACUUUGUUGGGUUAUUAUCAAUUAAAGCCGCACAAUUUACCAUUGUCGGAUGCCUAUAUCCAUUAUGUAAUUAUUUUAACCAUUGUUAAAAAACAAAAAGGCACAGUACCCCAAUAACCCGCACGAAAGAAACAGAAGCUUAAGACGGCAUUUCUGCCCGACUCGAACCAUUGACUAAUCAAUGGUUAUUCGUAUUUUAACCGCUAUUGAAAUUCAUAAUGUUUCUUGCUCAAUCUGUUCAACUGUAUGUCGAUUAUGUGGAUAAGAAUAUAACAACACAAGACUGCAAGAACUCUCUUACACGCUUAACUUGUUGUGGACACCCUGGACGAGGAUCAAGCUGCAAGCUUGUUAUGCACACGCUAAAGACCGAUCGAUGUCUACCUCUCAUAUCCGUCUGCUACUUUGUCUACUUCUACUCUUCCAAUAAACUGUAGACCCAGUGUAGACAGUGGGUCUACAAAACUACGACAAAGAGGAUUCACGUGUAAAGCUACGAUUUUCUCUCUGAUUUAUGGAAUUUUAAUAUAAGAAUAUUAUUAUUUUUAGUAAAAAAUAUUCCCCAUAUAUCAUUCAGUAGUCAGUGUAGUAAGUUAUUAUUACCGAUAACUUGAUAUCAUUUCCUGUAUGUGGAUGUUAGUGUUUGGUAAUGGUGUGUUUGUAGGCAGCUAUAAUGCCUAAAAUACUAGAAAUAUUUCGCAUUCUUGGCGCCGUGGCUUCAUACAGUGGCACCAUACAGUGGCACCAUGUCGUGGCACCACAGAGUGGCACCGUGUAGUGGCACAAUACAGUGGCACAAUACAGUGGCACCAUACAAUGGCACAAUACGGUGGCACAAUACAGUGGCACCAUACAAUGGCACAAUGCAGUGGCACAAUACAGUGGCACCAUACAAUGGCACCCACCUCCAGGUCUGCUCGGUUAUUCAGUUCUUUUAACAAAGUCAACAGUAUCAAUUUGUUACAAUCAUUAGCAAUUUAUAUAUAUAUAUA